AUGUCAAAUAAUUCUAAAAGUAAAUACCUGAAGUUUGUUGUAUGGAAUCUUGUGGAUGCGUGGAUAUCAAUUUCAGUAUUGGUAGGCAUCGCGACGUCUAUUCUUUUGUCUCAAAGCAAUAACUCCACGUGUUUUGUUUUUAAGCAACCCGCAAGGUCCAUGAAAACCACCUCAACACUCAAGAGAUUGCAGUGUUAUAAAUUUAUGGAAAACAAUACCGAUGACGAAAACCGUUUCCUUCCUUCUACCUCCCCACCAAGAACGCAAAGGGAUUCGACAUAUUUCAAUACGCCAGUCUACCUAAGUCGUCAACAUUGGCUCAAUCUGUUCAUGUAUAGUAAAUCUAGCUUUUGA